AUGUUUCCAAUAGGAAGGGCCAAACGCAGGCAUCUGGGGCCCUCAGAAUGUAACGAUCUGGCUCAAAGCAACACUGGGAGCCAGUCUCUCACACAGCCAUUCAGUGUCAGUCUCAACAACAGAGAUCCAAACCAAAGACUUCAGCCUAGGACACCCACGAAAAGAAGAAGACGUGGUACUGUCUCAUUCAUAUCUUCAGAUGGUGCAGGACAACAGAAGGGCAUCACUGAUUUCUUCUCCGUCACUGGAGUCAUCAGUUCCAGCCCGCAAAAAGGAACCAAAACUCCUAUAAAAAAUGAGGAGGAGGAGGAGGAGGAAGAAAAAUGCAUCCCACAAGAGGAAAAUGUUGAAGAGGACAAAAUAGAGGACUUCAUGGAAGGAAUCACAGAGGACAUGUUUGAUGACGACUUUGAGAUGGAAAUUGUAUCGGUCAAAAAAGAGCAGGCGGAGGUUGCUGUGAACAAAGGAGAUGAAGAGGACUCGGUGGAAGCUCUUCCUGAUGCCCAUUUUGGGCUGCUGGGAGUGCGGGGAGGGCAGGAGGUGCCACAGGGUCACGUCCAGGAUCUGCCCGAAGAGAUCCUAAGGGAAGUUUUCGCUCUUCUCCCUGCUCAGGAUCUCUUUCAGCACAUCAGUCUGGUGUGCCGUCACUGGAGAGAUGUGGUCAUGGACCCCAAGUUUCUUCCUUGGAAGAAGUUGUACUGCAGAUACCGCAAACGGGAAACCGAGGGUGUUAAGGAGGUGAGGUCUAUCCUGGAUGCUAAUCAAAUUAGCAAAAAGGAGGACCUGUGUCUCCUCAACAUGCUGAGGUAUAUGUCAGGGUUCAAACACAGCAAACGGGUGAAUGUGAAGGAUGUGUUGACAUGUAUUAAAAGACACCGGCUGUACACUCACGCUGAAGCUUGCAUGAAAGAUAGACUCCCAGACAUGGUGGAUGAAGAGGGUCCAAACCCUUGGUCCGCCAUGGCACUGUUGUUGAUUUUGGCCGACGGAGUGAAAGAUAUCCUGGACCUGGUAGCUCUUCUGCGGAGAUCUGGCUGUCUGCUGACCACAGGGGGGAUUUCUGAAUACCUGUGGGCAGUGGCGACUUUACUUCUGGCCAUGAGAGAGCGGAAUAUUAACAUAAGCAACAGGUGGCACUACAACAUCUUUUAUGUCUUGCACUUGAUGGAAAAUGCAUCUCCAACAAGCCUGAAAGACAACAGGCAGCUUAUCACUCACGAACAGCAGCAGAUUCUCAACCACGACAUCCAGCAUCAUCACGUUGUCAAAAUAAUGGCUUUUGCAGGCACUGGAAAGACAACCACGCUAGUGAAAUAUGCUCAGCAGAGGCCAGACCUGCGCUUCCUCUAUCUGGCCUUUAACAAAUCUGUAGCGGUGCAAGCCAAUCGGUUAUUUCCACACAACGUCGAAUGCAGCACCGUCCAUUCAAUGGCCUACAGAUCUGUGGGAGUGAGGUAUAAGAAUAUCAGGAAACUGUCAAGUAAUUUGAAGCCAGAUGUGGCGUGGGUCUUACCGAAAGGACAUGGAGGAUUCGUCAAUGCUAAAGUCGUGACGCAAACGCUUAACAACUACUGGGCGUCCACAGACCAGCGUGUCGACACGCAACACGUCCCGUUCGAGUACAAGAAUACAAAAGGCUUAAGGGAACAGCCAGAUGAAGAGGCCAAAAGGACCUUUGUGAGUCUCGCGCAGAACAUAUGGGACCAAAUGGUCGAGAUGCGGACCAGAAGAGACCGAGUGUACAACAUGACCCAUGAUGGAUACCUCAAACUCUGGCAGCUGGAAAAUCCAGUCCUGGACCGAUAUGAUGCCAUAUUUAUUGAUGAAGCUCAAGACUGUACGCCAGUCAUCAUGGACAUCAUGCUCUCCCAGCGCUGUGGGAAAAUCCUGGUUGGAGAUCCUCAUCAGCAGAUCUACACUUUCAGAGGAGCGGUCAACGCUUUGUAUUUUGUUCAACACACACACAUCUACUAUCUCACACAGAGCUUCAGGUUUGGCUCUGAAAUUGCGUAUGUUGGUGCUUCAAUAUUAGACGGCUGUAAAGGAGUGAAACAGAUAUUGGUUGGCGGCCAUCAGGAUGGAAGUGUGGCGAUUCUGAGCCGCUGUAACGUCACUGUUUUCAGCGAGGCUGUGCGGCUCACUGAAGUCAACCCCAACUGCAAGAUCUGCAUUGUGGGAGGUGUUGAAAACUUUGGACUGGACAAAAUUAUGGAUAUCUGGGUCCUGACACAAUCUGAAGACACGCGCAAGAAAGACAACCUCAAGAUCAAGGAUUUCUUCAUCCGGAAUUUCUGCAAAGAAAAGAUGGGUGGAUUCAUGGGUCUGAAGGGAUACGCCAUAGCCUCAGAAGACCGCGAGCUGGAGGGCAAGCUGGCCAUGGUGGAAAAAUACAACAAACGUAUUCCAGAGCUGGUUAGACGCAUCUACGAUUGUGCCCAGGGAAGUCCACAGGAUGCAGAUUUUAUCCUUGGCACGGUGCAUAAAUCAAAAGGCCUGGAGUUUGAUGUAGUUGUUGUGACCGAUGACUUUGCAAAAGUACCAUGUGCUCGACACAACUUGCGGAGAGCCGGUGGUUUCAGUAUAGAUAACGUCCCAGAUGACGAGUGGAACCUGAUAUACGUGGCCAUCACUCGAGCCAAGAAAACCCUUUACAUCAGUAAGACCAUCACCAAUCUCAUCACAUUCACUGGGGAGUAUUUCCUGAGAUCAGAGCAGACCAGCUCUCUGCUGAGUAAAGAUCCAGCGCUCACCUGCUCAACUAAAGACUGUGAGAACCAAAUCAGCGCAGACUCCGUCCUCAGCAUGUGCAAACUCCCCGUCAGAUAUAUGGACAGUGUGGACGCGGGUGGUGUUCAGUGUUUGACUUGCGUAGAGCAGCGUGUGGGACCUACAGCCUUUCUGCUCUCUCCUCCUGAACGGGUUCGAUCCAUGCCGUACACGAAUGAAAGGAUAGACCUGCCUAUCAACGUCGCCAUGCUCUUGGCCUUGCUGUAAACACCAUCAUGUGCCCUUUUUU